UUUGCCUUCCCCUCCGCUGGAAAGAGGGUCGCGGAGCCAUGGCCGCCGGGGGGGACGGCGGGCUCUUCGAUGCCCUGGUGCUGGGCGCCGGGAUCCAGGGCUCCUGCGCUGCCUACCACCUGGCCCGCCGCCGGCUCAAGACGCUCUUGCUGGACCAGUUCCCGCUGCCCCACACGCGAGGAAGCUCCCACGGCCAGAGCCGCAUCUCCCGCAGCGCUUACCCGCAAGAUCGCUACCUGGCUCUGAUGGCCGAAGCGAAGCGGCUCUGGGCCCAGCUGGAGGCCGAGUCGGGCACUCAGCUGCACAGGCCAAUGCUCGCCCUGGUGGUGGGACGCCAGGAGAACCCCGAGUUCCAGAGCUACAGGCGGACCAUGGAGCGCCACCGGUUGCCAUGUGAAAUCCUGACCCCCCAGGAGUUGGCCAACCGGUUCCCGGGGAUCCAGCCCUACGGCGGAGAGAUGGCCGUGACCGACCCCACGGCAGGCGUCUUGUAUGCCAACAAGGCCCUCAGGGCUGUGCAGGACCUCUUUCAGAGGCACAGGGGGGUCUUGAGGGACGGAGAGAAGGUUCUCCAAAUCCUGCCGGGAUCAGUGGUCACAGUUACCACCAGCCGAGGGAAGUACCAGGCGAAGCGCCUAGUGGUCACAGCCGGUGCGUGGACGAAUCAACUCCUGGCUCCCUUGGGGCUGCAGCUGCCUCUUCAGGUCUGCUACCACCACGGCUCCCCCACGGACCCUGACAAGCCCAACCAGAAGGGUGGGGUCUCUCCUCCAGUGCCCGACCUCCAGCGCCUGCAGGAUUUUGUGAGCAAGUAUCUGCCGGGACUCGAUCCGGAGCCUGCAGUCCAGGAAUGGUGCUUAUACACGAACACUCCAGACAGGGACUUCAUUCUGGACCGACACCCCCGUUUUGAAAACAUUGUCAUCGGAGCCGGGUUUUCAGGCCACGGGUUCAAGUUUGCACCGGUCGUGGGAAAGAUCCUGUGUGAACUGAGUCUGGGGGAGCAGCCCACCUACGACCUCACCCCCUUUCGGCUCAGCCGCUUCCAGGAGCCCCCCAAAGCCAACUUGUGAUCUCCAUUUGGGAGGGGAGAAAAGGUUUCCCGCAGCAGCCUCACCACAAUCCAUCUUUUUUCCCCCAGUAGUUUUUUUUAAUGUAAUAAUAAUAAUAAUAAUAAUAAUAAUAAUAAUAAUAAUAAUAAUAAUAAUAAUAAUAAUAAUAAUAAUAAUAAUAAUAAUAAUAAUAAUAAUAAUAAUAAUAAUAAUAAUAUUUUAAUUUUUAUACCACCCUUCUCCCGAAGGACUCAGGGCGGUGAACAGCCAG